GACCCCUGUCCGCCUCCUCCCGCCCCAGGAUGCUUCCUUUCGCCUCCUGCCUGCCCGGGUCUCUGCUGCUCUGGGCGCUGCUGCUGCUGCUCGUGGGGGCAGCGUCUCCGCAGGACUCAGAGGAGCCCGACAGCUUCACGGAAUGCACCGAUGGCUACGAGUGGGACCCAGACAGCCAGCACUGCAGGGAUGUCAACGAGUGCCUGACCAUCCCUGAGGCCUGCAAGGGGGAGAUGAAGUGCAUUAACCACUACGGGGGCUACUUGUGUCUGCCGCGCUCAGCCGCUGUCAUCAAUGACUUGCAUGGCGAGGGGCCUCCCCCACCAGUGCCCCCCGCUCAGCACCCCAACUCCUGCCCACCAGGCUACGAGCCCGACGAACAGGAGAGCUGUGUGGAUGUGGACGAGUGUGCCCAGGCCUUGCACGACUGUCGCCCCAGCCAGGACUGUCAUAACCUGCCCGGCUCGUAUGAGUGCACCUGUCCCGACGGCUACCGCAAGAUCGGGCCCGAGUGUGUGGACAUCGACGAGUGCCGCUACCGCUACUGCCAGCACCGCUGUGUCAACCUGCCUGGCUCCUUCCGCUGUCAGUGUGAACCAGGCUUCCAGCUGGGGCCCAACAACCGCUCCUGUGUGGAUGUGAAUGAGUGUGAGAUGGGCGCCCCUUGCGAGCAGCGCUGCUUCAACUCCUAUGGGACCUUCCUGUGUCGCUGCCACCCGGGCUAUGAACUGCACCGCGACGGCUUCUCCUGCAGCGAUGUUGAUGAGUGCAGCUACUCCAGCUAUCUCUGCCAGUACCGCUGCGUCAACGAGCCGGGACGGUUCUCCUGCCACUGCCCACAGGGCUACCAGCUGAUGGCCACGCGCCUCUGCCAAGACAUUGAUGAGUGUGAGUCAGGGGCACACCAGUGCUCUGAGGCCCAAACCUGCGUUAACUUCCACGGGGGUUACCGCUGCGUGGACACGAACCGCUGCGUGGAGCCCUACGUCCAGGUGGCUGACAACCGCUGCCUCUGUCCGGCUUCCAACCCCCUGUGUCGGGAGCAGCCCUCCUCCAUCGUGCACCGCUACAUGAGCAUCACGUCGGAGCGCAGCGUGCCGGCCGACGUCUUCCAGAUCCAGGCCACAUCCGUCUACCCUGGCGCCUAUAAUGCCUUUCAGAUCCGUGCGGGAAACUCACAGGGAGACUUCUACAUCAGGCAAAUCAACAACGUCAGCGCCAUGCUGGUCCUGGCCCGGCCUGUGACCGGCCCCCGGGAGUACGUGCUGGACUUGGAGAUGGUCACCAUGAACUCCCUCAUGAGCUACCGGGCCAGCUCCGUGCUGAGACUCACCGUCUUUGUGGGGGCCUAUGCCUUCUGAGGGCACGGGAGGGCGCACCCCGCCUGCAGCCCCUGGAGGGGCUGGAGGAAGUGACAGGCAGUAAAGGGAGAGAG